CUAGAGAAGGUAUACAUUUAUUCAUGUAUGCUGGGUGACAGUUUGCGCAUGCGCCGUACAAUACACGACCGCAAAGUUUAAGCCACGAGAUGCUUCUAUAAAAAAGAAAAGAAAAAGUGAAUAUAAUAAAUGUAUUAAAUCAGAGAAGUGGUUUUGACAAUAUAUUUGAUACUUUAUAGUAGUAGGAGUAUGUCGUUAAGUCAUAACAUUGUAGAAAUACAAAAUGGAAAAGAAAAAAAAACAUGAACGUGUUGAGACUGAAUUUUAAAUGUAAAUAACAAAAAGCUUAUAUAAAGUCAACGGAAAGGUAAAAUAAUUGUUUAAAAUGUAAUUAAGAAUAGCAUUACUUUUAAAUAUUUAUUUAUUUUACCACAGACUCUUUCAUCUGUAGUGAGGACUCUCCAAGUGCCUCUCUGGCAGUGACAGGUUAGAGUCGAAAGGAGCGCGGAGGAUUAUGGGUAAUGCUACAGGCAGGCAGGCGAUGAGCCAAAGAAAUGUGGAGGUUUGACUCGGGUGAAUUUGAGACGCGUUGUUUUGAAUGAUCUACCUCUAAAACCAGAGCAGGGAUUCAUUCCGUGGUGUUUUUGUUUGGUUAUGCGCGCGAUGAGCGGAAGUGAGCUGUCUCUGCAGGCUCUGUCCUGGCGGAAGCUCUAUCUGAGCCGGGCAAAGCUCAAAGCCACGAGCCGCACUUCAGCUCUGCUGUCCGGCUUCGCCAUGGUCGCAAUGGUGGAGGUUCAGCUGGAUACAAGUCACGAUUACCCCCCUGGUCUGUUAAUCGCAUUCAGUGCAUGCACCACAGUGUUGGUGGCGGUUCAUCUCUUUGCUCUGAUGAUCAGCACCUGCAUCUUGCCCAACAUCGAGGCCGUCAGCAAUGUGCACAACCUGAACUCGUUGCGUGAGUCUCCACACGAACGUAUGCAUCGCCAUGUCGAGCUGGCCUGGGCCUUCUCGACCGUCAUCGGUACACUGCUCUUCCUUGCCGAGGUCGUCCUGCUCUGCUGGGUCAAGUUUUUACCCAUCAGGCCCAAGAAUCAGAAAAACGGCACCAUCUCAGCUGGGGUGGCCGCCGCCAUCACCUCCACCUCUAUCAUGGUGCCAUUUGGCCUCAUCUUUAUAGUCUUCGCUGUCCAUUUUUACCGCUCGCUUGUCAGUCACAAAACUGACCGUCAGUUCCGGGAGCUAGAGGAGCUGGAGGAUCUGACACGGCUUCAGAAUGAGCUGGACCAAAGAGGUGAAACGUCAGCACUGCACUCUCCAACCUCCCAAUAGAGGACGUCUUGACCAUCCUGAGCCUGCUUUUUAAACUACUGUGUCGGUAUGUCAUUGUUUCUGCAUGUGGAUUUAAAGGUAUUGAUGAAAUCUAAAACUUUGGCUUCACCAGCCUCCGUUUAGGGGCCACCAUCCUGAGCGUGAAUUUUUAUUUUUUAUUUUUUACAUACAUGUAUGUGCUUGUUUUUGCAUUUUUAAAUUGUGGAGGCUACCUUUUAUGACAAAAGUCAGAAAAAUACUAAUCCUGUUUCUAAUACUGUGUCUGUUAUUGAAUGUGAAUUAGGAGUGUGACAAUAUAUCAGUGUGACAGUAUAUCACAAUGAAGACAUCGACAUUAUGCUUUAACAAGAUAAUUAAACUAUUAGGAAGUACCGUGACGUACUGAAAUCCCUCAGCUUGACAUUUGUUUUUCAGAUUUUUUACAGCCCUGACGCAAAGCCAGGGCUUUGGAGGUUAUCUGGUGUUCAUCGAACUGCAGUUCCUCGAGUAUCUAGCAUGCAUGGUAACUAGAAGAACAGCAAAAUAUGUUCAAUUACACGAGCAUAUAUAAUGUCGGUCCACUUUCUUCUUACUUGAAGACGUACAUAUAUGAACUCAUGCUUUCUUUGGUCUGUGAUCUUUGUUUGAUAAUAACAUUUCUAAGAAUGAUACUAUAACCUUGCAUUCACACUGUCGGAAAGCUGUCAAAAGGCUAUAAAAGAAUCCCGUAGCAUUCACAAAAGUGGAACAAUAUUUUUCGGUAUGUUGGAACCCAUAGUGAGCAGUUGAUGCUAACCAGUGCAUGUGAGAGAGGGCUGGACUUGGGACAAUCCAGACACUUUAUUUUCCUCACUGGGAAACCUCAUGCGUCUUUUACUGAUCUCGGUCUCCUUGAUGAUGCAGCAUUGUUAGGACUGGAAGGUUCUCGUACUGUGAUUAGCACAUCAACAGCCUGGAACAACGUAAAGUUUAGCUAGUUUAAAUGAGUGUCUAAAAAUUGUUGGUACAUGUGUCACUACUGAGUCACCUGUAAUUCACAAUAGUGUCAUUCAAAUUUAUUUAAUUAUUCCAUGAAUCAUACAGGGAUCAAUAAUCAAUUGUUGAGUGCUGAUGUGUAAACAUAUAACUAACAUCUAAUUGCAAAAAUUAUCACACAACUGAUGAUGGUCCAGUGGACUAUCUAUCUGUGAAAACAUUACUGACUAGCAGACUAAGUAUAUCAAGCAACGUAUAACUAUUUAUGGUAUGUGAACUGCCAUAGCAUGAACACAAGGCAAGCGGAGUACAAAGCUGACGGAUGUACAUCAUUUUUGCUCUUCAUCUUUGAAUUUAAUCACUGAAAGCAUUUUAGAGGUCAGUGAUAAAUUAAUUUUACUAACUGCUGUAAUUUUUAAUGCCAUAGCUCUCUUGUUGAAAUUAUUUUUACUGAUGCCCUCAGUAUUCUGUAAUUAUGAAUGUCAGACCCAAAAUACUACUGUUAGGUAUGUGCUGAUAUUAAAUUCCCAUAUCAUAUCAUCACUGGCGGUUAGUAUGGAAAAAUAUAUAUCAUGGUACAUGACAUUUUUUCACUAUGUAAUGAGGAGUGUUUAGUUUUGAUCAAGUGCCAGCAAUGUUGCAGUAUAAAAAAACUAAAUUGUUGAAGAAAGGAAAUUGUAUACAAUUAGAUCUUAAAGUACAAUCAGAUGAAGUGUAAUGAACAGUGGAGCUGGUGUUGUUAGAAAAGUGCUGCCGUGUGUGUGUGUGUGUGUGUGUGUAUGUGUGUAUAUAUAUAUAUAUAUAUAUAUAUAUAUUAUUUAUAUAUAUAUAUUAUUUAUAUAUACAUACAUAUACACACACACACCCCACAGUGCUAUGAAAAAGUAUUUGCCCCAUCUUGAUUUCUUCUGUUCUUGUGUACAUCGUGUAUGAAAUUGUUUCAGAAAUUUAAACACAAUAUAAGAUAAAACAAAGGCAUCCUGAGUAAACACAAAAUACAGUUUUUAAAUGAUAAUGUUAUUUAUUGAAGGAAAAAAAGUUUAUCCAAUACCAGCUGGGCCUGUGUGAAAAUGUAUUUGCCCCCAUCGUUACUAAUUCCCCAAAUCUAUGGAACUACAUUCAUAAUGUGGUUCGGCUGGACUAGACGCAAGGAGGCCUGAUUACUGCAAACCCUGUUCAAUCAAAUCAACACUUAAAUAGAACUUUUUCAACAGCAUGAAGUUGGUUAAAAGGUCUUACCCAGUAACACACUAUGCCAAAAUUGAAAGAAAUUCCAGAAAUGAUGAGGAAGAAGGUGACUGAAAUAGAUCAGUCUGGGAAGUGUUACAAAGCUAUUACAAAGGCUCUGGGACUCCAAAGAACCACAGUGAGUGCCAUUAUCUCCAAAUGGAAAAACAUGUCACAGUAGUGAACCUUCCCAGAUGUGGCCGACUUUCCAAAAUUCCUCCAAGAGCACAGCAAAGAUUCAUCCAACAAGUCACAAAAGAGCCAAGGACAACAUCAAAGGACCUACAGGCCUCUCUUACAUCAAUAAAGGUCACUGUUCAUGACUCCACUAUCAGAAAGACACUGGGCAAAAAUGGCAUCCAUGGAAGAGUGGUGAGGUGAAAACCACUGCUAACCCAGAAGAACAUUAAGACUCAUGUGAAAUUUGCCAAGACACACCUUGAUGAUCCUCAAACCUUUUGGGAGAAUGUUCUGUGGACUGAUGAGUCGAAAGUGGAACUGUUUAGAAGAAGGGGUACCGUUACAUCUGGCGUAAAACCAAACACAGAAUUCAACAAAAAGAGCAUCAUACCUACAGUCAAGCAUGGUGGUGGAAGUGUGAUGGUGUGAGGAUGCUUUGCUGCAUCAGGGCCUGGGCAACAUGCAGUAAUUGAAGGAAACAUGAAUUCCGCUCUCUACCAGAAAAUCCUAAAGGAGAAUGUCCGGUCUUUAGUCCGUAAGUUGAAACUCAAGCGCAACUGGAUUAUGCAGCAAGACAAUGAUCCAAAUCCUAGGAGUAAGUCCUAUAGUCUUAGAAGUAAGUGAAAGACUGAUCUUCAGUUAUCAGAAGUGUUUGGUUGCAGUUAUUGCUGCUAAAGAUGGCACAACCAGAUUAAGGGGGCAAUUAGUUUUUCACAUUGGUGGUAGGUGCUUGAUAAUUUUCUUUGCUUCAAUAAAAAAAUUAAAAACAAUAAAAACUUUGUAUGUACUCAGUUUGCUUUUGUUUUGUAAUGUAUUUCGUUUGAACUGUAAUUACUCCCAUUAUCUCUGUCUGAAGUUAUCUGGGCAUUUCAAUACUACUUAAAACACUUCCCUUGUCUUCUUUUCCCCUAAUUCUUAAAGGCACCAAGGCAGCUAUUUAGUAGGAUCUAUUUAGCAAAUUGACCACGUACAUUUAUUAUUGCUGCUGAGCAGAGUGUCGACUUGUCCUUAAUAAAAAUUUUCAUACAUUUUAUGAAUUAAAAGUCUGAAGGAAUCAACUGUCUUAAAUUUUAGGCUACAAACAUUCCUCAUCUGCUGUCAUGUGGUAUAUAACAGUAUCAGAACAUCUAGCACAGGUUGAACGUGCAUUUUGUUGGUGACGAGAAUCUUACACAACUACAAAAUGACUGCUUUAACCAUAUGUGGGUCUCAUUUUGGAUGGGAAACCAUUAGCCAAGUGGCGUGGCCUUGAACUUUGAUUUUUUUUUAAUUAUUAUUAUUAUUAUUAUUAUUGCCAAGCACACCCAGUGUCUAAUUGGUUUACAAAAAGUGUUUGUAGUGAGUUUUGUAUGGUUGGAAGACCUUUAAAAGUCUGAAUGAAAUAAAAUGAAAUUUACCAAAACACACACUACUGAGCUCUCAUUUUAUAUUGCUGUAUAUUUUAUAUUUGGAGUAUACACUCACCGUCCACUUUAUUAAGAAAACCUGCACAUUCCUGCAGUUAUCUAAUAAGCCAAUCAUGUGGUAGCAGCACAAUGCAU